AUGAAUAAUUCAGAAAAUAUUCCCUCUAGUGAUGAGAAACCUUCUCGUUUGACAAGGGAUCAAGAGCAUGCAUAUAUGGUUUCUGCUCUGGGACAAGUGAUAUCCAACGUGAGACGUGACGACACUUCAUCAUCGAACUCGGUUGCAUUCGAAGCUCUUUAUCAACCUUUGGACGCUGGCCCUUGUCCUCUCUGCAGUAUCACCGGUUGCAACGGUGCGCGUUCCCACGGCAUGAAGAGGUAA